AUGUCUAAGUCAGAGUCUCCCAAAGAGCCCGAACAGCUGAGGAAGCUCUUCAUCGGAGGUUUGAGCUUUGAAACAACCGAUGACAGUCUGAGGAGCCAUUGUGAGCAGUGGGGAACGCUCACAGACUGUGUGGUAAUGAGGGAUCCAAACACCAAGCGCUCCAGAGGCUUCGGGGUUGUCACGUAUGCCACUGUGGAGGAGGUGGAUGCAGCCAUGAAGGCAAGGCCACAGGAGGUGGGAGACACUGAAGAACAUUGCCUAAGAGACUAUUUUGAACAGUAUGGGAAAAUUGAAGUGAUUGAAAUCAUAACUGACCAAGGCAGUGGUAAAAAGAGAGGCUUUGCUUUAGUAAGCUUUGAUGACCAUGACUCUGUAGACAAGACUGUCAUUCAGAAAUACCACACUGUGAAUGGCCACGACUGUGAAGUAAGGAAAGCCCUAUCUCAGCAAGAGGUGGAUAGUGCUUCAUCCAGCCAAAGAGGUCAGAGUGGUUCUGGAAACUUUGGUGGUGGCCGUGGAGGAAACUUCAGUGGUCGAGCUGGCUUUGGUGGCAGCCGCGGUGGUGGUGGCUGUGGUGGCAGUGGGGAUGGCUAUGAUGGAUUCAGUAAUGAUGGAAGCAAUUUUGGAGGUGGUGGAAGCUACAAUAAUUUUGUCAAUUACAACAAUCAGUCUUCAAAUUUUGGACCCAUGAAAGGAGGAAACUUUGGAGGCAGAAGUUCUGGCCCCUGUGGUGGUGGAGGCCAAUACUUUGCCAAACCACGAAGCCAAGGUAGCUGUGGUGGUUCCAGCAGCAGCAGUAGCUAUGGCAGUGGCAGGAGGUUGUAAUUACUGCCAGGAAACAAAGCUUAGCAGGAGAGGAGAGCCAGGGAAGUGACAGGGAAGCUCCAGGCUACCACAGAUUUGUGAGCUCAGCCAAGCAGGGUGGUGGCAGGGCCUAGCUGCUACAAAGAAGACAUGUUUUAGACAAUACUCAUGUGUAUGGGCAAAAAACCCCUUGAGGACUGUAUUUGUGACUAAUUG